UCCUGCGGUGUGUGACCUGGGACCCUCGCUCUGAGCGGCGGCGGCCUGUCUGUAUGCGGCUGUAGUUAGCGGGGUGCUGCCUGUGUGUCACUGACCCGUGUCUCCCCUCUGCUGUCCCAGCUGUCUAUGAGCGCCCCCCCGGUCAUCAGGCCGCCCAGCCCCGCGGGCCACGGCCUCUCCCUGCAGAUCCAGAUCGGCCUGAGCCGGGAGCCCGUCGUCCUGCCCGAACCCGGGGAGCUGAGUUUGGGGGCCGUUCGGGAGAUGGCCUGCUCCAUCGUGGACCAGAAGUUUCCCGAAUGUGGAUUCUAUGGGAUGUAUGACAAGAUCCUCUUAUUCCGCCAUGACCCAAACUCAGAAAACAUUCUGCAGUUGGUUAAAUCGGAGGCAGAUAUUCAAGAGGGAGAUCUCAUUGAGGUGGUGCUUUCAGCUUCAGCAACAUUUGAAGAUUUCCAAAUCCGUCCUCACACUCUGUAUGUCCAUUCGUACCGUGCUCCCGCAUUCUGCGACCACUGUGGAGAGAUGUUGUGGGGUUUGGUGAGGCAGGGCCUCAAGUGCGAGGGAUGUGGUCUUAACUAUCACAAACGAUGUGCUUUCAAGAUACCAAACAACUGCAGCGGGGUGCGGAAAAGACGGUUAUCAAAUGUGUCACUGACUGGGUUAACAAGCAUACGCACUGUGUCUUCUGAGCCGGUCUCCUACGCCGUAGACGAGCCACUGCUGUCUCCUCUCAGCCCCAGCUAUGAGCAAAAAUCGCCAUCAGAGCCCUUUAUGCGGGAGAAGAGGCUCAGCAGCCAGCCCUACCCUGGUCGCCCCAUACAGUUGGACAAGAUCCUCCUUACCAAGGUCAAAGUGCCUCACACCUUUGUUGUCCACUCAUACACUCGACCAACAGUAUGCCAGUAUUGCAAGAAAUUAUUAAAGGGUCUUUUCCGGCAAGGACUACAAUGCAAGGACUGCAAAUUCAACUGUCAUAAACGGUGUGCAACUAAAGUGCCUCCCAAUUGCCUUGGGGAAGUUCAAAUCAAUGGAGACUUGCUGAGCCCUGGAGCAGAUGAUGUUUUAAUGGAGGAGUUAAGUGACAUUGAGAAUGACCCAACCUGUCCGAUGGAUGACAUUGAUGAACCCCUAACACCAGACAGUGGAAGCGGAUGCCAAAGUGAGAACGGAGACAUGCAGGACCCCGACCAAGAUCAAGACACAACAGACCGUAUGAUCAGCCCUUCAGCCAGUAAUAACAUUCCCUUGAUGAGAGUGGUUCAGUCGGUCAAACACACAAAGCGGAAAAGCAGCAGUGUUAUGAAGGAAGGCUGGAUGGUGCAUUACACCAGUAAAGAUACUAUGAGAAAGAGACAUUACUGGAGACUGGACAGCAAGUGUAUUACCUUAUUUCAGAAUGAUACUGGAAGCAAAUACUACAAGGAAAUCCCCCUUUCUGAGAUACUAUGCCUGGAACAUGCUAAAAACCUUUCUUUGCUUCCUCCUGGUGCAAAUCCUCAUUGCUUUGAAAUUACCACUGCUAAUAUUGUAUAUUAUGUGGGGGAGAGCAUUCCUCCACAGACGACACCUGAGAUAGGAAACAAUAGCGUGGUGAACAGCGGUGUGGGAAUAGAAGUGGCAAGAAUGUGGGAAAUCGCCAUACAACAUGCACUGAUGCCAGUCAAUCCUAAGGGAGCAAAUGGAGGAAGCAGUCAACACCGUGAUGUUUCCACCAGCUUCUCUGUGUCCAACUGCCAAAUUCAGGAAAAUGUGGAUAUUAGUUCUGUCUAUCAGAUUUUUCCAGAUGAAGUUCUUGGAUCAGGACAAUUUGGUAUUGUAUAUGGAGGGAAGCAUCGGAAGACAGGUCGAGAUGUAGCUAUAAAAAUAAUAGAUAAACUGCGUUUUCCUACUAAGCAGGAAAGCCAGCUAAGGAAUGAAGUUGCCAUUUUACAGAACUUGCACCAUCGUGGAGUUGUGAACCUGGAGUGUAUGUUUGAGACUCCAGAAAGAGUGUUUGUAGUAAUGGAGAAGUUGCAUGGUGACAUGCUUGAGAUGAUCCUAUCCAGUGAAAAGGGAAGGUUACCUGAGCGUAUCACCAAAUACUUGGUUACACAGAUUUUAGUUGCACUGAGGCACCUUCACUUCAAAAAUAUUGUCCACUGUGACCUGAAACCAGAAAAUGUGCUGCUUGCUUCAGCCGAUCCCUUUCCCCAGGUUAAGCUAUGUGAUUUUGGCUUUGCACGUAUCAUUGGAGAGAAGUCUUUCCGACGCUCAGUGGUUGGUACUCCUGCUUAUUUGGCCCCAGAAGUUCUGAGAAACCGAGGCUACAACCGAUCCCUGGAUAUGUGGUCUGUGGGGGUAAUCAUUUAUGUGAGCUUGAGUGGAACUUUCCCAUUUAAUGAGGACGAGGAUAUUCACGACCAGAUCCAGAAUGCGGCCUUCAUGUACCCACCAAAUCCCUGGAGAGAAACCUCCUCUGAUGCCAUUGACCUCAUUAAUAACCUGCUGCAAGUAAAGAUGAGGAAACGCUACAGUGUGGACAAAACCCUCAACCAUACCUGGUUACAGGAUUAUCUGACCUGGCUGGAUCUGCGUGAACUGGAGUACAAGAUAGGGGAACGUUACAUCACCCAUGAAAGUGAUGAUCUACGCUGGGAGGCAUACGCUGAUGAUCACUGUAUCCAGUACCCUCCCCACCUCCUUUCCCAACCAUCCAUUGAACCCGACGAUGCUGAGAUGAGAGCCCUGGGGGAGAGAGUCAGCAUUCUCUGACACUGCUAAACGGUCUCACACCAUGUUCCCCUCCAAAAAAAGAGAACAAUAGGGAAAGGAGAUGAAAACAGAUGUUAGAUAUUGAAUGUACAGUAUUCAUCAAUCCAUUCUGAUUGUGUGCAUCACUCCGCAAGUCUUUAAAAUACCUCUGGACUGUAUCCCUCUCACCAACCUAAUACAUUCUUUCACAAGAGCCUAAUGAGGACAGCAGUGUAGAAGGGGCAUCCCUUAUAAA